AUGUCAAAUGCUUCAGACUGUGAUCAACCUCCAGAAAACACAGAGCAGACAGAGACAAUCCCUAUUGUGGACGUGGAAGAGCCUCUUGCCGUUCCUCCUCCUCCUCCACCUGAGGAUGAAUGGGGCCCGAUUCCUGAGCACACCAAUGUGGAUGCUUCUCGCUUUUCCUUCUCUCUACGUGGAAUAAUUCCUGUGAUCCUGGGAGUCUUCAGCCUGCUGCUUUUGAUGUUGUGUGGAUUCUUUGGUUAUCAGUACUUUCAAAGUGUUCAGGAAUCAAAGAGCAAGAUGAAGAGCCUUAUCCAACAGGCUGAGUCUUUGCAAAACAAAGAGGAAAACUUUCUUCAGGUCCAAAAAGCUCUUGACCAAAAUAAAGAAAUCUUACUGCAGCUCCAAAAACAGAAUGAGUAUAUCACUGAGGCUCUACAAGAACUAAAUGUGGAACAAGGAGACAGGUGUGGACCUUCUCUGAGUCACUGGGUACAAUACAGAGACCACUGCUACCACCAAACCGUGGAAAUUGUUUCUUGGUUAGAGUGUUCGGAUCUUUGUGUCUCUUUGAAUGCUACAUUUUUGAAGACAGAAAGGAGUAGAUUGAUGUACAUCAUGAAGUUACUUGCAGUAAAUCACACUUGGCUUGGCCUGUCUUAUAAAGAAGAGGACAAUCAAUGGAAGUGGGAAGAUGGCUCCCUUCCUUCUCCUAGCCUGAGUCUACCAAAGCCAAGUACGGAUUUCCAGGGGAAUUGUGUGUAUGCAAAUGUGCACACUGUUGGCAUGGAUACCUGCACCAUGUCCUCUUCAUGUGUGUGUGAGAAGCCUGUCUGUGCUAAACACUCAGAAGAAAGUUAA